ACAUCCUGGGGUCAUGAUGGGCAGUAAGAUGGCGUCUGCCAGCAGGGUCGUUCAGGUAGUCAAGCCACAUACUCCAUUAAUAAGGUUCCCUGACAGAAGAGACAAUCCUAAACCUAACGUAUCAGAAGUUUUGAGAUCAGCAGGACUACCGUCUCACUCUUCUUCAAUUUCACAGCAUUCUAAGGGAAGUAAAUCCCCAGAUUUGCUGGUGCAUCAGGGUCCACCAGACACUGCAGAAAUAAUAAAAACAUUACCUCAGAAAUACAGAAGGAAACUUGUAUCUCAAGAAGAAAUUGAAUUUAUCCAACGUGGAGGUCCAGAAUAAUCACUGACGGUGUGGCUGCUGUUUGUCAUCAGACAAAAGACUAGUCUUUACAAUAAAGGACUUCCAAAAUGGCACAUGAGAAAUUAUAUAGUAAAUAACUUGAAUAAAUACUCUGCAAAAAAAAAAAGAAAUCUAGAAAAUUUAGAUGGACAAUUGUAUCUCCUAAUAUAUGUAUCUUGGUCAGCUUCUCCACAAGCUUACCUAAUUGUUUAUAUGCUUAUUAAAGUAUACAUUUUUAAAUGUUAGCCUAUUAAUUUACUCUUGAUUAUCAAGUAUUACCAGUGUUGAGCUACUAAAAGCACACAAUAUCUAGUAAACUAUCACAGGUUUCCCAUGGUUUCCCUUUUGUUUCAGUUUCUUUUUAGACAUGGAAAGAUUUAUUAGAAUUACUGCUUUUGGGAAGUGAUUUUCCUGAAAUUGGAUGAGGAUCAGUGAAAAGAAUGACUCCAUUAUUCUUAGUUUUCUUCCCCUUUUUUUCAUUCACAAAGUUACUGGAGUAUAACUAGUUUAAAAAGUGUAUCCUACACUAAAUGAUAAAAAUAUAGUCAAGGUAAAACAGGUGACUU